UAGCUUUCCGGCUCUUAGUUUAUAUCUUCCCACAUUUCCUCACUCUCACUCCGUCCCUUCCUUCUUCUCUCUAAAAGCCUCUCUUUCCUCCUCUCUAUAAACCUAUCUUUUCAACCAUGACCAAUCUCUAGCAAAGCUGCAAAACAAAACCCUACCAAGAAACAAGAGAGGAGAUCGAGAACAAAGGGAAGCAUAACAAAAAGGAAAAAAUGUUGCUUGGAAAGAGGCCAAGGCCACCAAUCAAAAGAACAACAAGCAUGAAAGAAUUCACCUUGGAUCUCAACAUAAACGAUCCUUCUGUAGCCGUUAUAAAUUAUCAGCCCUUUGAUCCUCUCAACCCCUACAACUUCACUGGUCCCGUCCCAAUGCCCUCCAACGGCCUAGAUCAACGCUUAAUCUUGACUCGCAGAAGAUCAGCUGAUUUCGUUGGAACUGCCCAUUUCCUUAGAGCUUGCUCCCUCUGCAAACGCCAGUUAAUCCCUGGUCGUGACAUCUACAUGUACAGAGGAGAUAGUGCUUUCUGCAGCCUAGACUGUAGAGAAAAGCAGAUGAAGCAAGAUGAAAAGAAAGAGAAGUAUCCGAAGGUUGCAACUAGGAAAAAAGUUACUAACUCAGCCGCCAUGGCCGCCGUGGCAAGCGGAACAGGAUCCGACGCUCCACCUCAGGCCAGACCGUAAGCCGGUCGCCGUAUAGAUUAUUACCUAUAUAUAAUCACGUUGUUGAAAUUAGAUAAUGAACAAAUAUUCCAGCUGAUGUUCAAGUACCCACUCUUAUACAUGCUAUCAAACUAUAUAUGUAUAUAGAUGUGGGACUAAGAUGAUGACGAUGAAUUGUAUAAAUAUUUCUCUUUACUAAACUCCAUGAGCAGGUGGAUACUGGGCAAGUUUUGAAAGUUUUCAUUUAAAGAAGGUGGAUCCAGUAUUACUUUGUGUGCAACUUCCAUUUCCAAGUCAUUUUCUUUUGUUUUGUUUGAGCUGUAAUCAUGGGUUAAUGGAUCGAAAAAAAUGGUGUAGCAGUUUUUACUACUCCAAGUUUUUGUCUUUUUAA